GAAAAUGUUUCAGAUUAAAUCAGACAAUAGAUUAAACAAAUAUGAAUCAAUUGAACAUGAACGUCCAAAAACAUCUUUGGAUCAUAAUAAUUAUUUAGAAAGGGAGAAUUGGGAAUUAUAAAUAUAGUUAUAGAAAUUCAAAGAAUUAUAUUUGUAAUAAAAGCAUUAUUUUUAAUGUUAAUAAGAGUAGUUUCUGAAUUUGUAAGAGAAAUAUGAAGAAAGUGUAUCUAAAAUAAAUGAAUUGGAAGAGUAGAUGUAAUAAUAAAGUGAAAAUUAAGAAUAAACAUAGCUUUGUGUUUCUUUAUUAUAAGAUCUUUAAGGGUUAGAAUACUUAGUAAAUAAGAUGAAACUCUUAAUACCAAAUAAAUAAGCAUUAAAUUUGAUUAGUUAGAUAUAAAAAACAUAUGAACAAUUAAGAAAUAAAGAAUCGAUUCCUAGUGAAUAGUAGAUUUAUCAUAAAUUGCUUUAAGCUCUAGAUAAGAAGUUAAGUGAAAUAAUAAAUAAUGAAAAAGAGAAUGUUAGUUCACAUUAGAACAUUUAAGAGUCUUAGCCAAAACUAAAAACAUACUUGUCUUAAAAAAUGAUGUGA